CCUGUUGGGAUCGCCACUGGCGCCACAUCGAGCCACUCGACCAGCCAGAUGUACAAUCCUGAUCCGAUCUGCCCAUAUCCCUCUCCUAUGCUGCACGACGACCUAGCCACCCAACGCAGUGCCUCUUUUCAGCCUCUCACACUAAACAGUGGCGUCAGUUAUAAUGAAAGAAGCAUUAGCGGUAACACCAGCAGUAAUACCAGCAGCUUAAGUGCCGUAUACCAAUCGCGUGUUGGUGUAUCUUCUUCUCCCUUAGUUGUCCAGGCCUCCUACAUCCCUCAGUCUAAUUUUCUCACUACAAACUCCUCCGAGUCUCAUUUGGUUUCCACCUCACCUAUUCCUUCAGCUGUUAUUGUCACUAACCUGAUUACCUCGCCUGGCCACUUUCAAACUCCAAUCAAUUCAUUUGCUUCCACCUCUGGCAGCACAACUAAGACAGUUGUUACCACUGGUCAGCCUUCUGCCACUAAAUUAGCGGCAACUAUUGCCCCAACGACUGGUGUCCAUAUCAAUCAGACUAACCUGGGUCAUCCGCUUGCCUUAGUCUCUGGGCCCCUGACAACUCUGGAGGAUGGCAGUAAUCUCAGACAGGCUGGGCAUCGCACAUCCCCUCUUACCUCUUUUUCGGUCUCUCCAUCCAUCAUCGCUAUUGCCAGUGGAAGCUUGUCCAAUUCGACUCCAUUUACUUCGGGAGUUGUCGACCGGCAGAAUCCCACUUCAUCUAUUCCAAUGAAUUCAUGA